UCCCUUUAAUACGUGAACAUAGCACACAGAGAGGACGUGAUGUUCAGGCCACAUGUGAGUGUGAAAGCUAUAGUGCGGCUCGGUCACAUCAAGAUGAAACCAGACUUCACUACUUGGAGGAAACUGGCAGGUUUGCAGCAGCUUACAGGGAAAGUUCGGUGGAUGAGCAACACCAGACCCGCUCCUGUUUUGACGGCCGCUCCUGUUCGCGCCCUCGUUGACGAGCAGAUCGGCAUUAGAGGACACUUCCUGCCCCCACGCUGUCCCGUCACAGUGCAUGCAAGAAUGCACUGCGACGAGGGAGUCCUAUGGGAGUCAUUCGCUCAUUAUAACACAGAUGAGAGGGGAACUUUUAGCUUAACUCGUGAUCUUUCAGUGGGAGGCUCCUAUUUGGGCUGCGAGCCGAUGGGACCCUUCUGGAGUAUGCGGCCAGCUCCUGGAGGAAGAGAAGGUUUAAGACUGAGGAAGAAGAAUGUGGAGAGUCCUUACAUGGUGCAUGUUUCUCUGCUGGAAGGCCACGUCUCAGCCAGCGAAGGGCAACGCUCUGAGCUGGCAGCGGUGACUGCUGAACGGUGGUACAUCGCACCAGGAGUGAAGAGGAUAGAGAUUAAUCAAAAUGGACUCGUAGGAACAUUGUUCAUACCACCUGGUCCAGGCCCGUUUCCAGCCAUGUUGGAUCUGUGGGGAAUAGGUGGAGGACUGCAGGAAUACCGUUCCUCUCUCCUUGCAUCCAGAGGCUACGCUAGUUUUUCUCUUACCUACCUUGGGCACAAAGAUCUGCCUGGCCCACUAAACCGUAUCAACGUCGGAGAUUCAUAUUUUAAGGCUGCCUUCCUCCUGCUUCAGGAUCACCCUCAGGUCGUCUCAGACAGAGUCGGCAUCAUUGGCCUCUCCUUCGGAUGCUACUUUAUGCUUCGCAUCGCCACCAAAACCGGAGUUAAACCAUCUUGUUUGGUUUGUAUCAACGGCCCUGUGGGAGCCGUUGAUACAAACUACGUAGUGUCACUCUUGAAUUCAGUGAAAUCAGACGGCAGGACAGAAGAGUCUGACAGUUCCCAGAAAUUUUGGAAUUUUGAUGAUGAGGGCUGUGUCAUUUUCAAAGACGUCACUCUGCCUGCUAAUAUUCCUCCUGACAAGUUUCUUAAGGUGGAGAAGCUCGACUGUCCUCUGAUGUACAUAGUGGGUGAAGAUGACCUGAGUUGUGCAAGCAUUGAGAACGCAGAUCUGAUUGAGGAGAGGUUAAGGUCGGCCGGUAAAUCCCACCUGUUCACCCGCUUGUCCUACCCCGGCGCUGGUCACCUGAUUGAGCCGCCCUAUUCCCCGAGUGCAAGAGCGUCCAUGUGGUCUGUCAAACCCAAGAAAUUGAUCACGAUGUGGGGCGGCCACCCUGCACCGCACGCUGCUGCCCAGGAAGAUGCAUGGAAGAAAAUGUUGGAUUAUUUGGAGAAAAAUCUGAGAAGCUGAAUAUCUGGAGAGAUGCUGGAUUUGAGAAAUUUUUAUACGAAGAAACGUAAAUUGGAGCUCGAGUUCAAUUUGCACAAAAAUGGACAAGUUAAUUUGUUGCAAUGCAGUAAAUUGUAGAUCAUCCACAAAAGAGAGCCGCUUGGUUUUAGCUGUCAUUCUAGUGCCAACCACUGGACACACAUCAGCGAGGAGGAAAUUCACAGCAGCAGCAAAUCUUUACAUAUAUUAUGUUUUAUAAAACUCCUGUAGAAACUGAGCUGCUGCUGGUUCAGAAACUACCAUCCAGGUACGGAUGAUGGUUCCCAAAUACUGACCCAAAUACUGGGCAUUUCAUUUCAAGCAGCAAAGUUCAUAACAAACUACUGAACUGUGCAAAAAUGUACCAAUUCCCCAAGCAGAAUAAAUCAUGUUAUGAAAAACAUCAUAAUAUAAAAAAGAUUUAACAACAACCUGCUUUCUAAGUUGGUUAAAAUACAAAAUAAUCAAGUCACACUAGUAGACAAACAGAGUCAGACUUCCAGAUUUUCUCAAGUGUUUAAUGAAUAUAUAGUGCAAACAUAUAGUGCAAAUAUACUGAUCAAUGUUUGUGGGCCUGGUUGAAGAUUUCGUGACAUGCUGAAGUAACCAUGGCGAUGAGGGCUACGAACUCUUUGAAGUCGAUCUCCAGGUCUCCGUUCUGGUCCAGAUCAGUGAAGAGCCGGUCCAGGAUCUUCUUGUCCUUAAUUUUCUGUUUAUAAGGAAAAGUGUUGAUUAAAUGCAGGAACUAGACAAAUAAAUCAGAUAAGAUGGAAAAACUACAGAAGCACUGUGACAUUUGAUUCAUAGAUCUUGGCAGUUUCACUCAUGCAAAUCUUGAGUUUGAGUUCCUGCUGUGAUUAAAGUAAUCAGAUUAAAUCACUCGCCUUGAUGAAGUGAUUCAUCUCAUUGUUGAUGAGAGCUUUAAGGUCUGCCUUCCUCAGCGUGCAGUUGUGACCCGAGUAUUUAUGGAAAACUUUAAUGAUACUGGCCAUACCACUCUCCAACUCUGAGAAAUCAUCUGUAGAGGCCUACAACAAACAAUUUAAAACCAAAACACCAUCAUUUAGAUUUACUGUAUCCCAUACAUGUAAAUGUUCAUUAGUAUGACUUAAAAAAAUAAACCAGAAACUUUCUUUGUUUCUUUCUAUUAAACUGUAAACUAAAACACUGCAUGCAUUAAUGACUUACCAUCCUCCUUACCUCCAUCUUCAGCAGCUGCUUUCUCCAGUGAGGAUCUUGAGUGCGACUGAAGACUAAAUAGCGGCAAGCUGUCGGCCUCGCCCAAUAACAAUGGAUACGUAGCAGAAUCGAUCAACCACACGGAGGCUUCUCAUCUGUCAUACAGUACAUAAUGCAUUUUUAAUGGAUGCAAGUGGUCAACUCUUUUACCAAACAAGCUUCUCGUGAAAAGUGUAAUUUCACAUGUGUGUGUGUGUGUGUGUGUGUGCAAGAGAGAGAGCGAGAGAGGGCUUUAAUGUUUUGUUUUUUUUUUUCAUUUCCUUGUCUUCGUUUUACGUUUUGCUCCUGACAGAUCUGUAGGAGUCUUCACUAAAGCACUUUGUACUCAUUAGCUUCAGAUUGUAUCUACUAGUGGUCACUUUGACAGCACAAUUUAAUUUUAUUUAACCAUGAACGUCAAUGUAUUUAUGUUAAUAUGACUGGCCAAUGCAAAGAAAUGCAAAAUAAGAAAGUA